AUUCUAUUUUUGAGUUGACACUGAUAAUUGAUGUUAAUUUUUACAUUAUUUUUUUUAAAAUAUUGCAAAGAGUUUAAAAUCAUUUUUAGUUACAGGCUUUUUUAUUAGUUAUGGAUGAUAUUAUGGAUAAUGCGAUUACAAGACGAGGACGUCCUUGUUGGUAUCAAAGCAAUGAAAAUGGUUUAUUAGCUAUUAAUGAUGGAAUACUUCUAGAACAAGGAUUAUACCAAAUAAUUAAAAAAUAUUUUCAUGAUAAACCGUAUUAUGUGGAUAUUUUAGAGUUAUUCCAUGAUGUUACUAUGAAAACUUCAAUGGGGCAAUGCCUUGAUAUGUUGACUGCUAAUAGUUUUAAGGUUAAUAGGUUGAAGAAAUUUACUAUGGAAAAUUACUCAUCUAUUGUAAAAUACAAGACUGCAUACUAUUCAUUUUUUUUACCCGUGUGUUUGGCCAUGCGUAUGGCCAAUAUAAAUGAUCCAGAAGUUUACAGACAAGCCAAGACAAUACUUCUUGAAAUGGGUCAUUUUUUCCAAGUUCAAGAUGAUUUUUUGGAUUGUUAUGGAGACCCUGAAGUCAUUGGAAAAAUUGGAACAGACAUAGAAGAUGGAAAGUGUUCAUGGCUUGCAGUAGUAGCUUUACAGAAAAGUAAUUCUCAACAAAAAAGAAUAAUGGAGGUAUAAAUAAACAAAAAAAAAU